AUGCUCUGGGUGAGCUUGCUGUCAUGUACCCCGUCAACGGUGCUUUCUUCACGUAUUCUGCUCGCUUCAUCGACCCGUCAUGGGGUUUCGCUAUGGGCUGGAACUACGCCAUGUCGUGGCUUGUCGUCUUCCCCUUCGAAUUGGUCGCCGCCAGUGUCACCAUCCGCUUCUGGACUGGAAACGAUAACGACAACAACGCGAGUGUCAAUGACGGCGUGUGGAUCGCCGUCUUCCUCGUCAUCAUCGUCUUCGUUAACGUCUUUGGUAUCCGUGGCUACGGUGAAGUCGAGUUCGUCCUCGGCACGAUCAAGGUCAUUGCUGUCAUCGGCUUCAUCCUCACUGGCAUCAUCAUCAACUGCGGUGGUGUUCCCACUGACACCAGGUACGUCUCCCCAAAAAUCCGCCCCCCCAGCUCGAUUUCCAAGCCCAGAAACUGACAUAAUAAAACAGAGGAUACAUUGGUGCGCAAUACUGGCAUGCACCCCAGCAAGCCUUCAAGAACGGUUUCAAGGGCUUCUGCUCCGUCUUCGUCACCGCCGCCUUCGCCUUCGCCGGAACCGAGCUCGUUGGUCUUGCUGCCGCCGAGGCCGACAACCCUCGCAAGUCCCUCCCCAAGGCCACCAAGCAGGUCUUCUGGCGUGUGUCGCUCUUCUACGUCGUCUCGCUCUUCGUCCUGGGCCUGAUCAUCAAGUCCGACGACCCACUUUUGUCCAAGGCAUCCGGCGCCAACUCCAAAUACUCCCCCUUCGUGCGCGCCUUCCAAGAGGCCAAGAUCAAGGUCCUCCCCUCCAUCAUGAACGCCGUCAUCACCCUCUCCGUCAUCUCCGUCGCCAACUCCUCCACCUUCGGCUCCACGCGCACGCUCCAGGCCCUGGCCAUGCACGGCAUGGCGCCCAAGUGGUUCAGCAAGGUCGACAAGCACGGCCGCCCCUGGGUCGCCAUGACCUUCGCCCUGGCCUUCGGCCUCGUCGCCUUCAUCCGCCUCUCCCCCAAUGGCGGUGA